CGCUCGUGGAACAUCCCGCCUUCCCCCCUGCGCCCGGGCCUGGGUGGUACGCGCUGCCUCCGCUUGCUGCCCCUCCCCGUCGGUUUCCGCGCGAAAAGCCCGGCCGCUUGCGCUAUCUCUGCUUCUGCUGCAGCCUCUGAGAUGCCGGCCCGCACCGCCCCAGCCCGGGUGCCUGCGCUGGCCUCCCCAGCCAUCUCCCUGCCCGAGGAUGUCCGUAGGCGGCUCAAAGAUUUGGAAAGAGACAGCUUAACAGAAAAGGAAUGUGUCAAGGAGAAAUUGAAUCUCUUGCAUGAAUUUCUGCAAACAGAAAUAAAGACUCAGUUAUAUGACUUGGAAACCAAAUUACAUAAGGAAGAGUUAUCUGAGGAGGGCUACCUGGCUAAAGUCAAAUCCCUUUUAAAUAAAGAUUUGUCCUUGGAGAAUGGAGCUCAUGCUUUCAGUCGGGAAGUGAAUGGACGUCUAGAAAACGGGAUCCAGGCAAGGGGUCAAGAUUGGAGAGUGGGAAUGGCAGAGGCAAACACCCCCGCAAAGCCCAUUUCCAAACCUCGAACGCCCAGGAGGAGCAAGUCCGAUGGACAGACUAAGCACGAAAUUUCACCUAGCCCCAGGAUUACAAGGAAAACUACCAGGCAGACCACCAUCACAACUCAUUUUGCAAAGGGUCCUGCCAAACGGAAACCCCAGGAAGAAUCUGAAAAAGCCAAAUCGGACGAUUCUGUUGAGGAAGAAGAAAAAGAUCAGGAUGAGAAGAGACGUAGAGUUACAUCCAAAGAACUAGUUGCUAGACUUCUUCCUGCAGAAGAGCUGGAAAGAGCAAAACCAAGAUCACACACUGAAAAGGAAGAAGAAAGAGAUGAAAAAGAAGAAAAGUGGCUCAGAAGUCAAACCAAAGAACUAGUACCUAAACAGAGAUCUAAGGAACCCAACAGAGAAGCCAGGCCAGGAACUCACACUGAUGUAGAUGAAGGAGACAAGAAAGUAAAGGAUGAGAAGAGUCACAGAAAUCAACCCAAAGAUCUAGCUGCCAAAAGGAGACCUGAAGAAAAAGACUUCCUGAGUAGCUGUGACUACCCACCUUCUGUUUUUAAUAUUGCCUAA